CACCUGCGGCAUUCCGGAAGCGCUUCUUGCGCGACACCAGCGCCGUGUUGUCGCGCGAUAAACGCUGGUUGGUGUGGAAACCGGGGGUCAACUGGGUAGCAAUGAUCUUCGGUAUCGGCAUCCCCGUCGAGGUGGGCCGCCACGGCAUCACCCUCGGAAUGACGAUGAAGGCGUACUACCAGCUGCCCAACAACAGUUCUUACUACACCGGUGGCGGCCCGACGGUGGAGUUUGCGCGGACGCGCACGAAGAGGACGCCCACCAGGUGGAUGACGUACGAAUCGAUAGAAGAGUACUUCGAGAAGAAGCAGGGCGUCGAUGGCAAGGCCUGCGUUCUGAGAGCGAUAUGCGAGGCGUCUUCGAAGCCUCUGGACCGUCGAGCGGGACUCCUCGCGGAGGUCGUACACGGCGUACUGACGCCAUCGAGCACCGACGACGACGUCACCGACAGCUCGAAGGGGGCCUACCACGCCGCCGAAGAGAUGGGUCGCGACGGCGCAGACUGCGGUGCCAUUUUCCCGGAAUGCGGCGUCGAUUUUCUAGGGAAAAUUUCGAUAUUCCGGGGGGACGUGCUGCUGACUGGUCGUUCUGAUGACGAGCUAUCUCGAGGUCUCGAGCUGUUGGUGGGAUGGUGGAGCGGUGUAAUAACCAAAACUUAA